AUGGCACCUGGGUCGUCGGAUAGUAUUGAAGUGGCUUUCUCCUCGCCUUGUCCAACUUUCAGUCCGCCUGGGGCGAGGCGUGUUCCUCGAGACACUACCAUAUUUAUCGCUCGUCAUCCACGGGCUGGUCUAGCAGUUGGCGAUUUUAUUCCCGGCUCAUUCACCGUAAUUGUAUCUAUUGCAAUUCCUGAGAGAGGAGCUGCAUAUACUGGACUUGCUGGUUCUGCGUGGGGUGUUGCUAGUGUGAUUGGCCUUUUGGUAGAAGGCCAACACAUAUCACAUGUAUUGUGA